AUGGGUUCAAUCGCAAUCACUGAUCCUUUGUUCGAGUCCGUCCGUCUGGGCGCCCUGACUCUCAAGCACCGCGUUAUUUUGGCACCAUUGACGCGCAUGAGAGCGGGCAAGGAGUCUGAGGGUGUGUAUGUUCCCAGUGAGCUCAAUGUCGAGUACUAUUCGCAGCGAGCUUCGGAGGGGGGGUUGAUGUUGACCGAGGCUACUCCAAUUAGUAGACAUGCCGCUGGAUACCCAGGAGUCCCUGGAAUCUUUACGUCUUCCCAGAUUGCUGGCUGGAAGAAGGUUACCGAUGCCGUGCACACUAAAGGGGGUUAUAUAUACUGUCAAUUGUGGCAUGUUGGCCGUGCCACGGUUUCUUCCCUGAUUGAAGGAAAGGAGGUUCUUGGAGCCAGUGAGAUUCCGCUCGCCGGAAAUGCACUUGAUGGAUCUGAAUACGCAGCGUCGCCACCCCGUGCUAUGACUGUUGAGGAAAUCCAAGAUACAGUGAAAGAGUUUGCGGCAGCAGCAAAGCGAGCCCGCGAUGCAGGAUUUGAUGGAGUAGAGGUUCACGGUGCCAAUGGCUAUCUCCUUGACCAAUUCCUCCACGACAACGUCAAUACCCGCACCGACGAAUACGGCGGCAGCAUUGAAAAGCGUUCUCGCAUCAUCCUCGAAGUCCUGAAAGCCGUCAGCGCCGAGAUCGGAGCCAACCGCGUCGGCAUCCGCCUGUCACCAUACAAUUAUUUCCAGGAUACACGGGAUUCAAACCCCAACGAAAAUUGGCUUUCGCUGUGUUCGCAGAUCGCUGGACUGUCCGAGGAAUCACGCCCUGCUUACGUGCACAUGGUCGAGCCCCGUUUCGACGAAGUUAUGGAUGAAGCAGCCAAGAUUGAGUCCCUGCCUUCGGAUAAACCGUCACUGGAUGUUUUCCGGCCGAUUUUGAAGAAAUCAGGAAUCUCUCUGCUGGCUGCUGGAAGCUUUAACGCUGAGAAUGCGGGCCCUAAGCUUGCAACUGGUGGAGCGGAUGCGGUUGUAUUUGGUCGUUAUUUCAUCUCGAACCCUGAUCUGCCCCGUCGGUUGAAGGAGGGUUUGCCUCUGACUCCUUACGAUCGCACGACAUUUUAUGGUGCCGAUCCUGUUGAGAAGGGAUAUACGGAUUACACUUUCUAUGGUAAAUAG